CUUCUUCUUCCUCCUCGUGUACCCACACAUGACAUUCCUUGGCACGGACAUGUUUGGCGUGACCCCUGUCAUGCUCGGCGCGGAUCUCUACUGGGCCGUCUUCUUCCUCAUUCCGGUUGCAGGCAUCCUUGUCGAUGUGUCCCUGACAAGCAUUUACCGUAUGUACUGGCCGACGGAAGCCAACAUCUUGCGCGAACGCAGCGCGCUCAAGAAGGUCGACCAGCGCAUCACGGACUUUUCGAGCCGCAAGGGUCUCGCGUCGCAGUCGUACGUCGACAACGAGGGUGAUGAGAAGGCGGGCGUCCGCAACCUCGAGAUGCGCAGCUACAAGGGGUUUGCCUUCUCUGCGCCCGACGACAAACAGGCGACGACACACCAAACGAGCACCGGGGCCAGCGUCCGCGAAAUCGCAACGCUGCGCGUCGACCAGCUCAGCACCGGGCGGCGCCUCAGCGACACCCAGUCGAUGCACGGCCCCCGCGACUCGUUCAAAGCCAACGAAGCGCGAUCGUCGACCAAGCCGUAGCCGCCGUCGACACGGAACACCAUCGAAAUAACCAUGUAGCUAGCGGCUCUUUGCUUUUCUUUCACAAUACUAUCAAUACACCCCAUGCCAUUGUCUCGUU